AUGGCCGGCUCAGGGGCCGUCACCGAGCUCAACUUGAGCGCCGCCAACACAAGCACUAUUGUUGAUAGGAUCAAUUCAAUGCCCGCUCUAAAGACCAGUGCAGCAUUCUUCACAUUCCUGCGGGCCAAUCUGGUCCUGACACACUCGACAACGCCGUCGACCGUCUCCACGCCCAAUCUAGGGCCGUACCCAUCGCAGUCCCUCCCACCCCUUUCCCCCUCCCCCCUAUCAGCCAGCACCCCGCUCGGCCCAGCAGCUCUGGAAGACGAUGAUCCGCCUCCACUAUCCCUCGAAAUCCUGACCUCGCGCGCCGACAAGGCGGCCGCGCUCAAGUUGGUCGCCGACAGCAUCGCGCAGCAGCGCCAGCAGGCCGCCAUGAGCCUCAUUUUCCACCCGCUGCCGCUGGCGGGGCUGUUGGCCGUGCUGGCAGCCAUCUACCGCUACGCCUGGGCUCACCACGACCACAACCAUCACCACGACCCGGGCACGGCAAUGCUGCUGGCCAGCGGCGCCGUGACAAGCUACUUACUAGCAAUCCGCCUCGCCACGUCCGGCUACCUGCGCGCCGCCGAGGCACUGUCAUGGGACUUUCUCGCCGACAACGACGUGGUCAUAGGCACGCGCUUCGGCGGGGAAGUGAUUGGCGCGCUGAUCCUCCGCUUGGAGCGCCCCGGGAGCAGCAACCCGCACAUCUCCUCCCCCCUAUCCACCACCACCAGCACCACCGCGUACUCUCAUUCCCGCACCUCCUCCAUCUCCUCCUCAUCCUCCACCUCCACCUCCUCCUCACCAUCAGCAUCAAACCACCACAACCACAGCAACCACAGCAACCGCCGAAAACCCCACAGCCGCCAAAACAGCCGAAGAGGAGGCGGCAAGGGUGUCAUACGCGCGUGGACGACCAAGCUGCGGUACCGCGGGCGCGGGGUCGGGGGCGACAUGCUGCGCGAGGCGGUGCGGCUGACGCGCGAGCGGCGGGGGCGCGGCGCGCAGGUUGGGUUCGCCCGCGAGCACGCCAACAGCGUGGCCGUCCUGCCGGAACUGUUCAACCGCGGGCUGAGGCAGAGGGAGAUGAGGGCGGCGAGGGCGCUGGAGGCCGUGUUGGCUGCGUGGGAAGGCGGGAGGCGGAGGUGA